AGAUCACUACAACACAAACACAGGUGGCCACAUAACCUUUUGUUUCUGUCAAGUGCAAAUAGACUGCUGCACUUUGGAGCGACCAGUUCCUUUCGAUUAUUUCUCACUGCUAGCAUCUGGAAUGUCUCCCCAUAACGGAAUGGCGAGAAUUUUCCUUCUGUUCUUCAUCUGUGGGCUGCUGCUGGAGAACUGGCUUUAUUGUGGAGCCACUCUAUUCCUGCCCCAGCAUGCAGCAGAGUCUGUACUGAAGAGACACAAGCGCUACAACACAGGCCGGCUAGAGGAGGUGAUGAAGGACAACUUGGAGCGCGAGUGCAUUGAGGAGAGGUGUGACUGGGAGGAGGCCAGAGAAGUGUUUGAGAACAGGGAGAAAACGAUGGAAUUCUGGGUCAGUUACAUAGAUGGGGACCAGUGCGAGUCUUCGCCAUGUCAGAACGGGGCCAAGUGUGAGGACAGCAUGAGCUCUUAUUUGUGCUGGUGCCCGGUUGGAUACACUGGAAAGAACUGCGAAAUAGAGACACUGAGGCAGUGUGAUGUGAGGAACGGGGGCUGCAUGCACAUCUGCCACUCUGAUGUAGUGCGCGGGGUGUCAUGUGACUGCGCUGUUGGCUACAGCCUGGACCAAGACGGAAGAACCUGCACACCCGAAGGAAAAUUCCCCUGCGGCAAACUAGGGAUAAGCAUAGUGGCAGCUAAUUCUGACACUCGGUCCGUCUACGCCCGGCCCCCAGAGAUGGGGGAGAGCAGCAAUGACACGAUACACUCCCCCCCUCUCCUCAACGCCACCGCUGGGCCCAGCAAGCCCACGGCCAAUUCGACCACCCCCUCUCCAACCAGCGCGACCACAGCGACCACAGCGCGCCCGCCCCCGGGCGAGGUCCCAGACGCGGCCUUCUUCCCAACCCUGCCCACCAUCGUCACCAAGGAGAACCAGGACCACCGCAUUGUGGGGGGCAAUGAGGUCAUCCCUGGAGAGAUCCCCUGGCAGGUGGCUCUGAUGGACAAACGGACCUUGCUGGGCUUCUGCGGGGGGGCCAUCCUGAGCGAUCUGUGGGUCAUCACCGCUGCCCACUGCUUGCUGGAAGGCAAAGUUGACUCCAUCUUCGUAAGAGUUGGUGAGCACAACGUGCACAAAAAGGAGGGGACGGAGGGCGACUACGAGAUCGCCGAGAAGCACGUGCACCCGCACUACAACAAGGCCCAGAGCCAGUACAACCACGACGUCGCGCUGCUGCGCCUGCAGAAGCCCAUCGCCUUCUCCGACUUCGCGCUGCCCGUCUGCCUGGGCCCCAAGGAGUUCACCGAGGCCCUCCUGCGCGCGGACUCCAAGUCGGUGGUGAGCGGCUGGGGGAAGGUGCGCUUCGAGGGGGUGGAGUCGCCCGUCCUGCAGAAGGUGGAGGUGCCGUACGUGGACCGCACGCAGUGCAAGGGGAGCAGCAAUGACCGCAUCACGCGCUUCAUGUUCUGCGCCGGCUACGCCACGGAGAAGCGGGACUCGUGCCAGGGGGACAGCGGCGGCCCGCACACCACCAAGCAGGGGGACACCUGGUUCCUCACCGGCAUCAUCAGCUGGGGCGAGGAGUGCGCCAAGGAAGGCAAGUACGGCAUCUACACGCGCGUGUCCCGGUACUACACCUGGAUCUCCCACACCACCGGCCUCAAAAAGGGCACUUCCAACGAGGACCAAGAACAAUAAACCCUUCGACCUGCUGUGCAAACAGUCUGGACCUGUAAUCCUAAUUUUCAGAUAUACAGCAUAGAGCCUUCCCUCCUGGUUUUCUCUUGUGCCAAACAACAAUAAAGAUUUUUUUUUUUGUAAAAAAAUAACUCUCACAACAAACUCUGUAUAAACCCGUUUGGAAUUAAAGGCGGUGCAGGGGCUCAAAGAUAAGCACCGAAUGUGAAAGAGGAGGUAACCAUUCUUCUGAAGGAAAGGAAUAUUUUGGGCGCGUGUGAAGACAACACAGGACACAAUACACUGCAGAGGUGAUUUUAGUCAAAUCCCAUUUUCACAGCAAAUAGAAUUACUUUUAUAACCCAAACCUAUGACCUAUGACAUCAUUUUAUGACAUCAUUCAUUUACACUAGUUUUUUUAAUCAACAAUUUUGUGCACAGUAACACUACACUCUACAUAGUGCAUCAAAGCCUGUGAGGGAGGUUUCAGGGCCAUGCUCCCUAAUUAGUGCUCAUAGCAGAACAUUUCACUGCCACAGCACACACAGCACUCACAGGCAUAUUCUGGAAAACUCUGGAAGCCAGCUAAAAAAAAGGGAAACCAACUGGCUCUCCGCCAUGGAAAGAAAGAAGACAAAUGCUCGCAUUUGCUUAUAUAUGGGCGUGUUUAUGCUGAGAUAAUUACACGUAAUUGUUGUUCACACUGUUUAGACAGAACCUUUUAUGCGUUAGCCGUGAACAAAGAGCCAAGACUUCAAGGGCUGUAUGCAAUUUAUCCAUUAAACUAACAUCUGGGUGUUGAAUCAGUGGCAGUAUUAUAUUCAUGAACUAGCAAAUAUGUAGGUAGAUAUCUCACCAAAUUAUUGUUAAAAAAAAGUGUUAUACUGUGCAAUUUGUUAGCUUUUCUAAUGUGAAAAAGCAUGUAGAGUGGUCUUAUAAUCAUUCAGUGGUAUGUGAAACCCACAGAUUUAGCUGCUUGCCAAUAGAAAGGAUGGUAGUUAGGCAAACCGAAGCAGAUCUCUGUUCUGUCUACCAUCGAUGAAAGCAGGCAUAGCAACAGAUAUACAAGCAUUUUCAUAAAGAUUUUCAUAAAAUUGAUACCAUGUUAUGUACAUUUAAGAAGAUCCCACAAGACUGUGCAUUCUCACGGGGAAGCAGAGACGAAUACAUUAACCUAACCUGCUUAGUUUCCACUUAGAGGUGGCCUUCCGAAAUAAGAACCAGUGUAGCCUCUGCGGAGGAGAACCAAUCUUCCCUGUAAUAAUCAACAUCAAACGCAAUCACUGUGGUUAAUGACCGGGUGAGAUUACAUGUAAGCCCCAAGAAUCAGUGCAUGACAAUGAGCGCUUCUGGCACUGAACUGAACUGAAGAUGGUGACCAUAACUGGCAUACGAGCCGCUGCACGAACAGCACCACAAAAUGUCUCCUACUCCAAUCAACUAAGAGGUCUGAUUGUUUAGAGUAACAGACUAGAAAGACGUGUUCUGAAUAGCAAUGGUUAACACAGUGUUUUGUGCAAUAUUGAAUAAAGAGCAUAAUUACGGAAAAUGACAUACAAAUCCAGCAUUUUGCACGUAAUUAGACCAGAGCCAUUCAAUGGCUACUAUGAAGAUAUCUUUCAGGAAUACGCUCUUGUUAUCUACACUAAGAAUGCAAAUGAGCCCUUAAAAUGCUUUUCCCUUUCCCCCACAAUGCAUAAUGUUUUGCAUUGAUUGAAUAUAUCAUCAUUUUAUUUUCAAAUAACAAUCACUAUUGAUUCAGCAACAAUUCCAUAUUUAAUCCAUUUCUUUUUCUUUUGUUCCCUACACAGUAAAAUGUUCAGUGUUAUAUCAUCUCUUACAGAGUUUAUCCACUGUGGCCAGAACUCAGUGAUAUGAGUUGAAUUAAUACAGGAAAUUUUUACUGUGUAUGUUUAUUGGAAAAUACAAGAAAACCUGUUACCCACCUUCAACAUUUUUGUAUUACCCACCUUCAAAUUUCCUGCAUGAUUCUAUGAAAAAAAUGUAAUAAAAAACUAUUUCAAA